CUGCCCGUUGUCUCGGUGGUGAGAGACGCCGAGUCCCAGCUCCUGCCCGACGUGGGGGCUGUGGUGACAUGCAAGGUCUGCAGCAUUAACUCUCGCUUCGCCAAGGUGCACAUCCUGUAUGUUGGCUCCACACCUCUGAAGUCCACCUUCCGGGGGACCAUACGGAAAGAAGAUAUUCGAGCCACGGAGAAAGAUAAGGUGGAAGUGUACAAGAGUUUCCGCCCCGGUGACAUAGUCCUGGCCAAAGUCAUCUCGCUGGGGGACGCGCAGUCCAACUACCUGCUGAGCACGGCAGAGAACGAGCUGGGCGUGGUGGUGGCGCGCAGCGAGGCAGGGGUACAGAUGGUACCCAUCAGCUGGUGUGAGAUGCAGUGCCCGCGGACGCACACCAAGGACUUCCGUAAGGUGGCCCGUGUGCAGCCCCAGUUCCUGCAGACCUAGCAGCCCCUGAGGAGCUGCAGGGACCCUGCAGGGCGAGGAGCGGGCAGGCUGGGGUCU